AUGAUGGAAAUCGGCGACUAUACGUGGAUUUUUGCCGUGGCCAUGGUGGUUGCUUUUUGCGACGCCUACGGUAUCGGUGCCAAUGAUGUAGCCAACUCCUUUGCUACUUCUGUUUCUUCUGGUUCGCUCACUCUUGGGCAAGCCUGUAUCAUUGCCUGCUUUACCGAAUUCUUGGGUGCGAUUGCAUUGGGUUCAAAUACCGCCGACACGAUCAAAGGAGGCAUUCUCUCCGUCACUCGAUUCGUCGAAAUGCCCGAAGUUCUUAUGACGGCCAUGUUGUGUGCUUUGUGUGGUUCCGCCACCUGGGUCAUUAUCGCUACCAAGAACGGCUGGCCUGUUAGUACGACCCAUUCGAUUGUGGGUGCCGUGCUUGGUGUCGGUAUCGCUGCUUUCGGUGGAGAAUCGAUCAACUGGGGCUGGAGCGGUAUUUCCCAGAUCAUUGCUUCUUGGUUUAUUUCACCUGUCAUUGCUGGUCUGGUGUCCGCCGCCAUUUACCUUAUCACCAAAUACGCUAUUCUCCGUCAAGUGGAGAGUGUCAAAUGGGGUCUCCGACUUAUUCCCGUCUAUUUCUUCUUCACGACCGCCAUCGAAGCCUUUUACAUCAUCUACAAGGGUGCUCCCGGUACCGGUGCCAGUAAAAUGUCCAUUGGUGCCAUCAUUGGCAUUUCUUUCGGUAUUGCGUCCUUCUUUGCUGCCUUUGCUUGGUUCUUCUUCUGUCCCUGGCUCAAGCGUCGUGUCGUGGAUCGCGAAGAUGUUCGCUGGUACCAUGUGUUUUACAUUCAUUUUGUUCCCAAACGUCCACGCAUCGGCGAAGACAAAGAACAGCAAGCGGUUGCCCCUGUCGAAAUCGAAGAACCCAAUAGUGCCAACGACGAUGAUAUGCAAACCGCCGACGGCAAGAAGCUCAGCGAGAAGAAGUUGGACGACGAUGUCUCUGCCAGCACGAAUCCCGAAACCGCUGAAGUUCCGCCGGUUGGAAUCAAGGCUCGUGCGCGCCACUACGGAAAACGUGCUCUGGAUUUCGCUCUUCAAGGUGUUCGCAAGGAUGUCCGCAACCUCGAUAGCAGCCAUUUGAAGAAUGUGCACGCCGCUGCUGAAUUGUAUGAAGAUGACGUUGAAUACAUGUUCUCAUUCCUUCAAGUGUUGACCGCUUGUAUGGCUUCGUUUGCUCACGGUUCGAACGAUGUGUCCAAUGCUGUGGGUCCUUUGUCGGCUAUUUUCGGUAUCUGGGAAACGGCUGAAGUCGAUGUAUCCGGCAAAGUGCCUGUGCCCGUUUGGAUUCUCGCUUACGGUGGUGUUGCUAUUGAUAUCGGUCUGGCUACAAUGGGUUACCGUAUCAUGCGAUCCCUUGGCAACAAUAUCAUCUAUUUCACUCCUAGCCGUGGUUUCUCAGCUGAGCUGGGAGCGGCUCUCACUGUCUUGACGUGCUCCAAACUUGGUUUGCCCGUGUCUACGACCCAUUGCAUCACUGGUGCUACGGCGGCCAUUGGUCUUUGCAAUGGCAGCGUGAAAGCGGUCAACUGGCGAAUGCUAUCUUGGUGUUUCUUUUCCUGGAUUUUGACGCUUCCUUUUGCGGGUUUAACAGCUGGUCUUUUGUUUGCGUUUGCUAAUUAUUCUCCUUCCACCCUCAUGGUCGUCACCCCCUCUUAA